AUGGCGGAUGCAGUGGAUGAGACGAGCCGGCGAUCGGCUGCACUUACCCCAGAGGAAAAUGACGAAGUCGAAGAAGCUUUUCAGGCCUUUGAUGAAGAUGGCUCUGGAUACAUUACGGCGCAAGAAAUUGGAAAUACACUUGAAAUACUGGGAAUCAAAUUGGCUGGUUAUGAAAUACGUAACUUGAUUGCUAAUUUUGAUGAAGGUGGCGACCAAAAAUUAUCACUUCAUGAAUUUCAACAAUUAUAUUUGUCUUUGAAGAAAGAACGAGAUUUUGGAACACAGUUCAAGAAACAAGUUCAGCGUCGUGAAGGCAUUUUUACCCAUGGAGGCACCACAACGGCAUCAACUGCAGGCACCACCCACACUGUACGAUUUGCUGAGCAAGUUGCUUUUUUCAAACUGGAUCAAUUCGUGAAUGCGCCUCGGCCUCUCUCUCUCUCUCUCUCUCUCUCUCUCUCUCUCUCUCUCUCUCUCUCUCUCUCUCUCUCUCUCUCUCUCUCUCGGCCUCUCUCUCUCUCUCUCUCUCUCUCUCUCUCUCUCUCUCGGCCUUUCUCUCUCUCUCUCGGCCUUUCUCUCUCUCUCUCGGCCUUUCUCUCUCUCUCUCAGCCUUUCUCUCUCUCUCUCGGCCUUUCUCUCUCUCUCAGCCUUUCUCUCUCUCUCGGCCUUUCUCUCUCUCUCUCGGCCUUUCUCUCUCUCUCUCAGCCUUUCUCUCUCUCUCUCUCUCGCCUCUCUCUCUCUCUCUCUCUCUCUCUCUCUCUCUCUCUCUCUCGGCGCCUCUCUCUCUCUCUCUCGGCGCCUCUCUCUCUCUCUCUCAGCCUCUCUCUCUCUCUCAGCGCCUCUCUCUCUCUCUCUCAGCGCCUCUCUCUCUCUCUCUCUCUCUCUCUCUCUCUCUCUCCUCUCUCUCUCUCUCUCUCUCUCUCUCUCGCGCCUCUCUCUCUCUCUCUCUCUCUCUCUCGGCGCCUCUCUCUCUCUCUCUCUCUCUCUCAGCACCUCUCUCUCUCUCUCUCUCUCUCUCAGCCGCCUCUCUCUCUCUCUCUCUCUCUCGGCGCCUCUCUCUCUCUCUCUCUCGGCGCCUCUCUUUCUCUCUCUCUCUCUCUCUCGGCGCCUCUCUUUCUCUCUCUCUCUCUCAGUCGCCUCUCUCUCUCUCUCUCUCUCGGCGCCUCUCUCUCUCUCUCUCUCUCUCAGCGCCUCUCUCUCUCUCUCUCUCAACGCGCCUCUCUCUCUCUCUCUCUCUCGGCGCCUCUCUCUCUCUCUCUCUCUCUCUCUCUCUCUUCUCUCUCUCUCUCUCUCAGCGCCUCUCUCUCUCUCUCUCUCUCUCUCUCUCUCUCUCUCUCUCUCUCUCGCCUCUCUCUCUCUCAGCGCCUCUCUCUCUCUCGGCGCCUCUCUCUCUCUCGGCGCCCUCUCUCUCUCGGCGCCUCUCUCUCUCUCGGCGCCUCUCUCUCUCUCGGCGCCUCUCUCUCUCUCGGCGCCUCUCUCUCUCUCGGCGCCUCUCUGUCUGCUCUCUCUCUCCCCCCCGUCCCCCUCUCUCCCCCGUCCCUCUCUCUCCCCCCGUCCCUCUCUCUCUCCCCCUGUCCCUCUCUCUCCCCCCCCUCUCUCUCUCCCCGUCCCUCUCUCUCUCCCCCUGUCCCCCUCCCCCUCUCUCCCCCGUCCCUCUCUCCCCCCCCCCCUCUCCCCCCCCGUCCCCUCUCUCUCUCCCCCUGUCCCUCUCUCUCCCCCCGUCCCUCUCUCUCCCCCCCGUCCCUCUCUCUCCCCCCCCCCUCUCUCUCUCCCCCGUCCCUCUCUCUCCCCCCCGUCCCUCUCUCUCCGUCUCUCUCUCUCUCCGUCCUGCAUGUGAAGAGAGUGAAUUCUCUUGUCUUGCCCUCUUCCAUUCUCGCUGCAACAGUGUCUUCGAACUUGAGCCAUGAUUCUGAAUGUAAAGCUUAUCUUCCCUUGGAUGCUGAGAGCAAUGACCUUUACAACAAAAUGGCAGAUGGAAUUUUACUUUGUAAAUUGAUCAACAUCACAUGUCCAGAAACAAUUGAUGAGAGAGGAAUCAAUAAGAACCACCCAAAUAUUUACCGCAGACAUGAAAAUCUUGUGCUGGCCCUUAACUCUGCCCGUUCCAUUGGUUGCAACAUUGUAAACAUCGGAGCAGAAGACAUAAAGGAAGGAACGCCUCACUUGGUCCUUGGUUUGCUUUGGCAAGUCAUUAGAAUUGGUUUGCUAAGUGAUAUCGACUUGAAGCAUAACCCAGGUUUGUUGCUGCUCUUGGAGGAAGGUGAAAGUCCAGAAGAUAUGCAGAAACUGACUCCCGAACAAAUCCUUAUUCGGUGGGUCAAUUACCAUCUCCGUAAUGCUGGGACAAGUCUACAAAUAAAUAAUUUAACAGAAGACAUUAAGGAUUCUGAGGCUUACACAUACUUGCUACAUCAAAUUUCUCCUGCUGAAGCGGUGUUGGUGUUCGUCUUACUCUGUCGCUCGCUCUUUCAUUCUAAGCGUCUUACUCUGUCGCUUUCGCUCUUUCAUUCUAAGCGUCUUACUCUCGCUCGCUCUUUCAUUCUAAAGCGUCAACCAGCUCGCUCUUUCAUUUCGUCUUCUUUCAUUCUUUCAUUCGUCUUACUCUGUCCUUCGCUCUUUCAUUCUAAGCGUCUUACUCUCGUCUUUCAUUCUGUCUCUGUAUUUCGCUCUUUCAUUCUAAGCGUCUUACUCUGUCGCUUUCGCUCUUUCAUUCUAAAGCGUCUUACUCUCUGCUCUUCAUUCGCUUCGCUCUUUCAUUCUAAGCGUCUUACUCUGUCGCUCUUUCAUUCUAAGCGUCUUACUCUGUCGCUCGCUCUUUCAUUCAGCGUCUUACUCUCGCUUUCGCUCUUUCAUUCUAGCGUCAACGACCAUCUCAAGAGGGCUGAGUGCAUGCUACAACAGGCCAGCAAAAUUGGCUGCCGUAGUUUCUUGACUCCCAAUGAUGUUGUCAACCCGAAUUACAAGCUGAAUUUGGCGUUUGUGGCCAAUCUGUUCAACACUCAUCCUGCCUUGGACAAAGCACCAACUGAUGUUGAAUAUGAAAUCAUUGAUGAAACCAGAGAAGAGAAAACUUAUCGUAACUGGAUGAACAGUGUGGGGGUAAAUCCGUUUGUAUACAACUUAUACAGUGACCUGACAGAUGGACUUGUCCUUAUUCAAUUAUUCGACAUCAUCCGUGCUGGAAUUGUCAACUGGUCUCAAGUUGUCAAACAAUUCCACAAAAUGAAGUGCAACUUUGAGAAACUUUCUAACUGCAAUUAUGCUGUGGAUCUUGGAAAACAGAUGAAAUUCUCAAUUGUUGGUAUUGAUGGCCAUGACAUUGGACAAAACAAAGUCCUUACUCUUGCCAUUGUUUGGCAAUUGAUGAGAGCAUACACGCUUUCUAUACUACGAAAAUUGACCACCACAUCUGAUGCGGGAGCAAAGGACAUUAGUGACAGAGAUAUUGUUGAAUGGGCAAAUAUGAAACUGAAAGAAGCAGGAAAGAGUUCUUCUUUCUCCAGUUUUAAUGAUUCUAGCCUUUCGACUGGCAAAGCCAUUAUCGACUUGGUUGAUGUCAUCCGGCCAAAUUCUAUCAAUUAUUCUUUUGUCAAGGAUUGUGAAAAUGACGAGGAAAAGCUUGACAAUGCAAAAUAUGCAAUUUCAAUGGCCAGGAAAAUUGGUGCUGGUGUAUAUGCAUUGCCUGAAGAUAUUAUUGAAGUCAAACCCAAAAUGAUUAUGACCAUCUUUGCUUGCCUGAUGACUCUUGACGUUGAGCCUGACAAAAUUCCGCUUACAGAAGAUCCAGAAUAA